UAUAUAUAAUUAUAUAUACAAUAAACCAUAUAUUCUCUUUUUGAGUCUCCGAAGUGCUCGAAGCCCUCUCUCUGUGCUUCGAAAUUGUCUCUCUCUAGAGAUCCCUAAAUGAUUUCAAUCUUUGGAACCUUCAAUUAUCAGCUUCUGCAGUGCCGUUCUUGUUUACUCGGUCUCUGAUCGUAAAUUGUUGAAGAAAAGUUCAGAUUUUGAUACAUUCAUAUCAUCUUUGUCGUCGUGGGCAUUUUUCUCUUCUUCUGAUUUUUCUGAUACAUCUUUCUGUGAUCAUCAACGCAAUAGUUUUAUUUUAAAAUUUUUGUUCUUGUGAUUGUUAGUGUCCUUGUUUGGUUGAUCGAUUGAGAGGUGUGUUUAUCUGAAAUUGCACGUGGAAAGGUUUGAGCAAAAAUUAGGGUUUAAUGGGGAUGAAAUUUGAACGAUGAACGAUGCCUGUACUGCGUAGCGGAGUGCGCCGGGGCCGGGCAGCGAAGCAGCAGCCUAAUCCUAAUCCUAAUCCGAUUGAAGGUGAGGCGAUUGCGACGAGGACUCGGAGAAGGCGAGCAGCCGCAGAGGUGCCCGGGAACGAUCAGCCGGUCGAUGAAAACGUAGUUGCGGCGGCGGUGGCAGCAGAGGCAAGGCAGGUUGAAGACAGGGUUUUGGAAGAACCAGUCCGUGUAGGAGGUGGCAUUCAGGGGGAGGAAGUAGGGGAUAAGCCGAUGGAUGAUUACAAUAGUGGUGCUCGGAGCGCGGAAAAGGCUCAUGCCGGUGAAGAUGAGGGAAGCACGGCCCCCCUUCCUGAAAGGGUUCAAGUUGGUGGUUCCCCUUUGUACAGAAUAGAAAAAAAGCUUGGCAAGGGAGGCUUUGGCCAAGUGUAUGUAGGUCGCCGUGUUUCUGGUGGUAAUAUUAAUGAUAGAACUGGCCCCGGAGCUGCAGAGGUGGCCUUAAAAUUUGAGCAUCGAAGUAGCAAAGGAUGUAAUUAUGGACCACCAUACGAGUGGCAAGUUUACAAUACUCUUGGCGGCAGUCAUGGUGUACCUCGAGUACACUACAAAGGUAGACACGGUGACUAUUACAUCAUGGUCAUGGAUAUGCUGGGACCAAGCUUGUGGGAUGUUUGGAACAAUAACUCUCAUACGAUGUCCAUUGAAAUGGUAGCAUGCAUUGCAAUUGAAGCAAUAUCUAUAUUGGAGAAGAUGCACUCUAGAGGGUAUGUUCAUGGCGAUGUAAAGCCUGAGAACUUUUUGCUUGGUCCUGCAGGAACUCCGGAUGAGAAAAAGCUGUUUUUGGUAGAUUUAGGAUUAGCUACUAGAUGGCGAGAUGGUUCAACUGGUCUUCAUGUUGAGUAUGACCAGAAGCCAGAUGUUUUCAGGGGAACAGUCCGUUAUGCUAGUGUGCAUGCUCAUUUAGGCAGAACUGGUAGCAGGAGAGAUGAUCUAGAAUCUCUUGCUUACACGCUCAUUUUCCUACUCCGUGGUCGUUUGCCUUGGCAAGGAUACCAGGGUGAGAACAAAGGGUUUCUUGUUUGCAAAAAGAAGAUGGCAACAUCUCCAGAAACUCUAUGUUGCUUUUGUCCACAACCUUUCAGGCUGUUUGUUGAAUAUGUGGUGAACUUGAAGUUUGACGAGGAACCUAAUUAUGCAAAAUAUAUUUCCCUCUUUGAUGGGAUAGUGGGUCCAAAUCCAGAUAUUAGGCCAAUUAACACUGAUGGUGCACAGAAGCUUAUCUAUCAGGUUGGUCAUAAGAGAGGCCGGCUGACUUUAGAGGAUGAAGAAGAUGAACAACCAAAAAAGAAGGUUCGUAUGGGGAUGCCUGCAACACAAUGGAUUAGUGUUUACAAUGCCCGUCGACCUAUGAAACAAAGGUAUCACUAUAAUGUGGCUGAUGCAAGGCUUGUCCAACACAUUGAGAAAGGAAAUGAAGAUGGCUUGUUUAUCAGCAGUGUAGCUUCAUGUCAAAAUUUGUGGGCGCUAAUCAUGGAUGCAGGCACUGGUUUCACUGCACAAGUUUAUGAACUAUCACCGUAUUUUCUUCACAAGGAAUGGAUAAUGGAGCAGUGGGAAAAGAAUUACUAUAUCAGUGCAAUAGCUGGUGCUACUAAUGGGGGCUCAUUAGUAGUAAUGUCGAAGGGUACACAGUAUUUGCAGCAGUCCUACAAAGUUAGCGAUUCAUUUCCUUUCAAGUGGAUAAACAAAAAAUGGAAGGAGGGUUUCUAUGUUACCUCCAUGGCCACCUCGGGGAGUAGAUGGGGAAUUGUGAUGUCUCGUGGGGCUGGAUUUUCAGAUCAGGUUGUAGAACUAGAUUUUCUUUACCCUAGUGAAGGUAUUCAUCGGCGGUGGGAUUCUGGAUAUCGUAUUACUGCUACUGCAGCAACAUGGGACCAGGCUGCUUUUGUUCUUAGUGUGCCAAGAAGAAAGCCAACAGAUGAAACACAGGAGACACUACGCACUUCUGCCUUUCCUAGUACACAUGUAAAGGAGAAGUGGGCGAAAAAUCUUUACCUUGCAUCUGUUUGCUAUGGUCGUACAGUUUCGUAAGAUUAAAAUUGUUGGUGGGUUGAUUCCUGAUGCCAUGGAAAAUAUGAAACCCGGUUCGGCUCGGUUUGUCACAAGUGGCAUACAGGCUUGAGCAAUUUUGAGAGGUGCAUAUUUGAAUUAAUUGUAGAGUUCUAGCGAAGAAGCUAUUAUAGGGUCUCAUGUUGUGUCUGUUAGUGUUAUGUGGAUAUUCUCUCCUUCUAUGGUGUCCAUUAUCUGUGAGAAAGGAUUGUGGAUGUCAUUACUUAAUACCCUUUUAAAGUCCUCUGUAUAGUCUUGAACAAUAAGUAUUAAGUAGUAGUUGGUUGAGGGCUCAUGCCUAUCUCAAGUUUGGUAUAAGCCCCUAAUCUGUAUCAUUUUAUUCAUGUCUCCGUUCUCCCUUCUUCAUGUGUCUUUUGCCUUCCUGCCUGGAGGUUUUUUAUUUAAUUUAUUAUUAUUUUUAUAGGUAAA